UGCCAGCACGUGAAGGUGGAGCCGGAGGUCCUCGCGUACCCGGGUCAAGACGUCACGCUGCGCUGCCAGUUUGUUCAGGACGGGGAGGCCAAGCUGACGCAGGUGUCCUGGAUAUGGGAGCCCGUGAACGGGCAGAAGCAAAACAUCGCCGUCUUCCACCCGAACUUUGGCGCCAGCUACCCCAGCUCGCCGCUCAAGGGGCGCAUCAGCUUCAUCAACUCCUCCCUGGAGAACCCCUCCAUCCACAUCACGGCGCUGGUCCUGGGUGACGAGGGCAAGUACACUUGCGAGUAUGCCACCUACCCCAGCGGCAACGAUCAGGGCACCACCAGCCUCUUCGUGCUGGUCAAGCCUCGGAGCUCUGCCGACAUCAUCACGGUCCCCGCAGGGGACAGCCCCGUCGCCGUGGCGCGCUGCGUGGCAGCCGGCGGCCGGCCGGCGGCCGAUGUGUCCUGGGAGACGGCGGCCCAGGGGAACUGGACCACUGUGCCCACGCAGAACUCGGACGGCACCGUGACCAUGACCAGCGAGUACCUGCUCGCCCCCACCAGCGAGGACAACGGCAAAGACAUCAGCUGUGUGGUGAAGCACAAGACCCUGAAAAUCCCGGCGAGAUUCCCUCUCAAACUGUUUGUCGAAUGUAAGGGACUGACCAGCUCUAUGCCAGAGAACGUGGUCAUCUCUCAUAACAAGCUGACGGUCCUGAAAGUGGACGAAGCUGUGAACUCCACCUUCGUCUGCGAGGUGAACACCCGGCUGGGUGCUACUCGGGAGCAGAUCAGCGUGAUCGUGAGAGGUCAGUACUCCCGCGGCGAGCUGUACGAGGUGCAGCUGUUCCCAGACUAGAGAGCGUUUAUAAGA